AUGGCUUGGGCAGCUAUUAAAGGGUAUGUCAGUAGCAAAAAUGUCAACUGGAGCACUGGCAAAGUAAUAGAGCUAGUGAAGGAAAAGGUCGCGGCGAUGGGUGCUCCGGAAUGGGGUAGAUUAUGUCAAAAGAUAAAAGAGAUUGAGGCGGAGUAUGUAAAAAGUGAUCAUGUGGUAGAUUUAGUCACUGAUGAGUUUAUAGAAAAUGAUUUCGAAGUAAGAAGACAGCCACCUGCACAACACCCUGGCUUCAAUGAGCACCAAACGAGGUUCGGCCUGAACUCACCUCUGCAGAGCUUCCAGCAAGCAGGUCUACUGACCAGUCCCGCGCCGACACUGCAGUACCAGCAGCAACCUUACCCGCAACUCCAACAGCCAUAUGUUCCGCAAUUCAACGGUCUUCUAACACAGAACAUUCCAUCGCAGAACUUACCGAUUCAAAACAUUCCUAAUGUUGGCGGUCAAGGCACUUUGCAAUUGCCUAGCAAUGCUUUCCAAUUUAGUCCAUCCCAGAGCGCUAACCCUGCACUGCUGCAGAACAACUACCAACAGAACAUUAGACAGCUAUCACAACAGACACAGAACAUUUUACCGCAAGCCGCCCCCACCUUACCCACCUAUCAAAACAUACCCACAUCACAAAAUCCACCUGUUUUUAAUCCCAAUCCACCACAGCCCGUAAACAUCGGACAGCAAAAUCCUACCGCUGCUUUCCUGCCAACCGUAGCAGCAGCUCAAAGUCAACCUAUUUUCAACAGACCCAAUCCCAUUACUAUCCAACCGGCCCCAAAUCUAGCUCCUCAGAAUCCCCUAAAUCUUAAUAAUGGUCAAAUACCCUUCCAAUCAACGAUAAAUCAACAAGCACCUGUGUAUUCAAACGAACAAAUACAAAGUAUCCUAGAGCAACAAUCGAAAGAAAAUUUAGAGAAAUUGAAAGAACUUCAAGAAAGAGCACGUAUCAUUCAGAAACAUCAGGAGUUUGUUGAAAAGCAACAACAGAAACAACAGGUACAAGUUCAGAAACUACACGAAGAAUUUGUUAGUAAACAAGCUACUAAAACCGUUCCGACAAUACCCACGACGGAAAGCUACGAUUACUAUACCAACAGGCAGGUAGAAAAGACUAGCAGCAGACCCAUUCAGCCUCACGAGACGGAUUUAUUCAGGAAAGCUGUCGAAAUGUACGAAAAAGAUCAUCCGACUACAACGACAUCGACCACAACGACUACCACGACCACAACGCCGGCACCACCGACGCGCAGGUACACAGCGAGACCGAAAUCCAGAACCAGACAUCCGCCUCAGGACAGAAACAAACAAAAAUUGUACAACGAAAUCAAAAAUCUACUAGAGGAAAGCGAAACCAAAGGAUUUGAUGACAAUCUGAGAGCUAAAAGUGCUGAGCUACUACAGAAACCAGACAUUCUGAAGCAACUUAAAGUAGCCUUGGCCGAAAAUCCUGAGGAUUUUAAUGGCAAGAACUUCACAUCUCGAGAAAUCAAUCUGAACGGACAGAAGUUUGAAGUCAUCAGGACGACGAACCCUAAUCUUAUUCCGAAGGGAGCGAUCACGGCAGAAAGUUCAAAUUUAGCGCACAUAUCGUCCGCAGUCCGUGAAUUACAAAAAGACAAUCGAAACACCUUUGAAGAUCUGACAAAAGGCGUUUUACCUCCAGGAGCGAAUUUUGAACUCGUCAAACAGGCAGAGAACGGCAAACUCGAAGAGGUUUCCAAAAUACCAACUGAUUUGCAAAACAAAAAGAAAGUAACGUUUGUUUUCCUCGAAGAACAAGACGAUGGAUCAUAUAAGGUUAAAGGAGUGAAAGCGAACGGUCAACAGACUGAAGAAGGUCCUGAAGUCGAAAAUAUUUUAAAUAAGAUUAAGAGGGGCGAAAUACAAUUACCAGGACCGACUAAAAUUUCCAAUAGCUUAUUCGUAGGUAGUACAACUACAACUACAACUACAUCUAGACCGUCGACUGAAUCCAAUGACUACGUAGCGGCCUCAUCACACCUACCUUCGAGCUACUCGAGCUAUGUAACAGCAUCUAGUCACGGGACAAGCGGACUGACCAGUCCCAUCUAUACAACUCCAACACCCACCUACCAGAGUCACCGUUCUCAAUCAACAAGAACUACAUCGCAGCAGACGCAACCCUACGUACCCCCGACUGUAGCAGUCUCCACUACAGAAAGACAUGCAGCCAAAUCGAGUUCUCCAUCAUAUGAAUACUCGUCGAGCAGAAACAGCAUCAGCCAUGCUCCAAGGAUCACAUAUCCUAGUUCCACUUUCUCAACUAUCAUCAACUCGACCCCGACCUAUAGGACAACACCCAAAGACUUGGUUAUCAUUGGAUCUAGUACAGCCCCUACUACUUAUAGCGAACCAACUCCACAUUUUAAUGAUAGAGAAGCAAACCCAGGUCUUGUGGAAAUUUUGAAAGAGAACGGACUAUUUGCGACUGCGAAGUAUCUGAAACAAUCGGGUUUAGAUAGUAUCUUGAAUGAAACCGGACCAUACACGAUCUUCGCCCCGACCGACAAGGCGUUUAGGACGUUGUUAGUUCAGCUCGGCGGACCUGACAAAGCUGAAGAGAAGUUCAAGGACAAUCCACGGUUACUGAGUGGUCUGCUUCUCCACCACGUCAUCCCAGGAGCUUUCGACAUCGGAUCCCUGCAGGAUGAGAUGACCGGUGUCUCCCUCGCCGGCACCCAACUCAGAGUCAACCAAUACGAUAUGCACGACGUCGAGUGGAAUGAAGUAAAGGUCACCACCAUCAACGGCGCCAGGGUGCUGGAGGACAAAAAGGACAUCCAUAUCCCACAGGGCAUUGCUCACGCGGUAGACAGGGUUAUGUUCCCGCUACCCGUCGGGGACCUUGUGCAGACCCUGCAGGCGGACCGCGACCGCAGGUUCACCACCUUCCUGAAAGCGCUCCAGGCCAGCGGCUUCAUCGACACGCUGGCCGAAAGCAAAACAUACACGGUAUUCGCGCCGACGGACGCGGCGUUCGCGCGCCUGCCCCCCGCCGAGCUGGCCCAGCUCACGGAGCGCGCGCGGGCGCACGAGCUGGUGGCGCGCCACGUGCUGCCCGGCACGCUCUACAGCGCCGGCAUGCGCUACUACCAGCUGCGCAACUCUAUGGAAGACGCUAAGCCCCUCACGCUGCAGAAAAACUCUGGUCGCAUUAAAGUGAACAACGCGCAAGUGGUGACGCACAAUAUCCCGGCAACGAACGGCGUCAUACACGCCAUCGACAACGUGCUGUAGGGGCGAGGGCGCGCGGGGGGUGGCGGGGGAGCGCGGGGGGCGCCCGACCGACGCAGCUCGACACUCGUCCCGCGACACGAGAGGUCAAUGACCCCGCGAGUCAGCUGUCACGUCGCUCACAACGUUCGCAACAACAGUUUUGUUUUUAAGUCGUUUAUUCGUUUUCUUCGAGGACGAUGCCGCCGCUCUCUGUAGACAACACAAGCGCCUAAAAAUACAGUUUAAAAAUUAUAUAGAUUAGCAUAUACUUUUUCAACGUAAAAUACUAUUUUUAUUUUGCUAAAGGUCUUCAGAGUUACGUAUUUUAAAAUUAAAUGUUGUUUUCACAUUAUAAAAGUCACGGAAAGCAUUGUGUUGUCUGCGUUCUCUACGGCGUUUCAUUUUUCAUAUAGUCGAAGCUUAUUUCAUCAGAUUCCAUUAUAUUCAUUGAACGGUACACAUUGAACCGCGAUAAAUUAAUAUUA